GUCUCGGUACCGCAACCACUCCCAAAAUUUAUUAAGUUUCAGGAUUUCUUGCUGGCACCGGCAAUGUUGCUCCGCCAUCUUGUCAAUCGUAGCUUGGUGAGGCUUGCGCGUUGCGCGAAACUUUUCGUAGAUCGUGACGUUGAUCUCGGUUCGUAGCUGCAAAAUGUCAAAUAAAAAAUGGCUUCUUCCUGCCUUGUAGAAGCUCAGUGUUCAGACGAUUAUCAACAAAUUCAAUAAUACCAUUAAAAAGCACUUUUUCUACCCACACUUCGCCAAAAGGUACUUCAAAGUCGAACAUAAGGGCACGUUAGAACGAUAAGCUUCGCAAAAAACCAUUGAAAAUGAGCAGUGACGAUAGCGAUGCCGAACCGCAGUGUAAACGUAAAAGAAAACCCCGACAGCUCGAAGACAGCCCGGAAAGCACCUCCAGCGGGAGCCCCAUCGUAGGUAAUUCCUCCAGAUCGAGAGCGGUACGCAAGGCAAGGCAACAGAUGACCAACAAUGUUAUUUCGGAUUCUUCCGAGGACUCGGAUGAUAGUGGCAGCUCAAUCGUGAAGAUGCGUAGACGAAAAAUUGCGAAAGUAGUAGAAUCAGAUUCAGAUGACAGCUCAGAUUCCUCAUUUGUCAGAAGAACAGGGGGGCCUAGAAAACUGGAAAGUGACUCAGAAGACUCUGACAAUGGUUUUGGAUCAAGCAGUGAGUGGGAAACUGACAACGAACAGAAUACUCGGGCUGUUUCUAACAACACAACAGCAAUGCAAGAUAGCUGUGACUCAGAUUCAAGCAAUGGCACUUCGGACAAGUGUCCCAUUUGCUUACUCCGUUUUAAGAACCAAGAGGUUGGCACUCCUGAAUCUUGUGACCACAUGUUCUGCCUAGAAUGUCUACAGGAAUGGUCAAAGAACAUGAAUACAUGUCCGGUCGAUAGGCAAGAGUUUACCAUUAUUUUAGCUAGGAGAAAUUUGAACGGAGAAAUCACCAGGAGAAUACCUAUAGAAAAACCUAACUUGGAGGACUUUGAAAAUAUUAUCGAUGAUCCAACUUUCUGCGAGAUCUGUGGGUCUCGGGAUAAUGAAGACAGAAUGUUACUUUGUGAUGGUUGUGACCAGGGAUUCCACAUGUACUGCCUGGAUCCACCGUUGGACAACGUUCCAGAAGGUGCCUGGUAUUGUCCGGGUUGCGCUUCUGGAAUCAACUUGCUGUCUAUGGUGGUUGUAAUGCCGCGCCUGGACGGUCCAUCUUCCACCAGAUACAAUACCAGAUCUGCUAGAUCGAACAAUAGAUCCGUACCUCGCACGGGACAGACAGAACGAGUUCGUCGCCAAAUAGCCAACAACAGACAACAUAAUUCCCAACAAAACGAUAGUGGAGUCGCUAUGUCCACUUCCAGUUCCCUGCAAGACUCUGUUUCGAGCUCGACGUCCAGGUCGAAACGCACCAAGAAACACAAGAAGUCCAAGAAGAAGUCCAGGAGCCAACUCAGGUACAAAACGGUGUACGAAAUCGAUAAGGAAACCGGACUUACGAUCGCGGUACAGAAAAGACAAGUGCGCAGAGGCAGGAAGCAAAAAUCGGCGAGGAAAGUGAAGAAAAAGUCUGUCAAGGGAAGAAUCGCUAGACAGUUGGGGCUAGGCGCGAACUCUGCAGCUCCACAAAGUUUGAUAGGUGCUUCACGUCAGCCUGAUAAUAUCAGCGGUCUUCGUCACCAAGCAGGGAUUCCAACAUUACAUUUAUUCGGUAGAGCAAACGAGCUGGAUUACUUCUCAGAACCCGAUGAAGAAGACUACAUCGUCGGUCCUCAAUUAUUAACGAGAAGAGCUCCAAAUCAAUCGGACGUGGCGGCAGUUCGAAGACUUACAAGAAGGAAAGCUUUGAUCAACAUGCCACCUGCUGCAACAGUUUCCAGUUCCACGGAUCUUCUUGAUAGCAUUUUAUGUUCCCAGGAGCAGUUUCAUUCCAGAAAUGCGUCUUUCUCAGUGGAUGGAGAAGGAAAGUUCAAAAUCGAAGUGGAAAAGCGGAAAGACUUGAAGAAGGAGCAGAGUGGCGCUAAGGAAGCGCCCAACGGAUACAACCCAAAUAGGUCUUAUGGGGGAUACAAUAAUCGGUAUAGAGGGUAUCAACAGAAUAAUUAUAAUAGAAGACAUAGUAGUUAUAAUAGCUACAAUAACGGAAAUCAGAAUAAUUAUUACUCAGGAGGAGGAGGGGGAGGAGGAGGAGGUGGUCCUUCAUCUUCUUGGCAACAUAACAACUAUGACAGAUACGGAGGCGGUAGGGGCAAUGAUUAUGAUUAUCCUCAGGAUUAUACGCAAAGGACAUUAUGUGCUUCAAGCGAACCUGAUUACCCUGAAAGAAGAGAAGAAAAUGAAGAAAACAAUGAGUCAGAGUUGGACAUAUAUAGUGACAUAGAAACAGUGUCUACAAGCAGAGUAGACGAGCCUGACUUCAACAGGCCUCCGUCGCCACCGCACGCGGCAAUGGGCGCUUUGAACACUGCCGAAGAUGAAGAAAAUAAUGAUAGCGAACCAGAUAUGGUCAUCGACGAUGAUAAAGUUCACGAAGAUAACAGAGAAGAAACUGCAGUUUCUUCUACUGUAGGUUUCGGUUAUCUACCCCCACCACCUAUGCCCCCAAACUUGGAUUUUAUCGACGCAGACUGUUCCGAGAUUCAAUCCGAAGCUAUCCAAUCCUCCCAACCUUCUUACUACAAAGAAGACGAAGAAUAUACUGACGGUUGUCCGAACGCUAGCGUCUACUCUCAACAACCUUACCACAACUCGAUGACAGACCCGCCUGACGAUCAAGACGAAGAAGAAGAUGAAGGUUGUCCGAACUUCAGUAUCUACUCGAGAGAAAGCAAGAAUGUGGCGCUUCAUACUGAUCUAACCAUGUCUGCGCAUCAAGUUAGCGAAAUCAGCUCGUCGCCGAAUAUUGAAGAACGAUCCGUAGAUCAAGGAAAAUCCGAGGCGUACAAUCCAGAAGUUCCCUCUCACGAUGAUGAAGCUCAAAACGAUGCACAAGCGGAGUUGUACGAUCCUGAAGAUAUGAAAUCACCAUCCAGCCAGAGCGACAUACCUAUGCCUCCGGAUCCAGUGCUCACCAACAUUCCUAUUCCAGAAGAACCUCAACAAGUUGGUGAUGAUCAGUACGAUCCUGAGACUGCCUUGAAUGAGUGUGAUGAUGUGGAAACGCAAGAGAAUGAAGUCGCAAACAUUAUCAAUGAAGAACAAACCGAAACAACGGGGCAAGGUCCAACAGUCUUGGAGGAAAAUCAUGAAAUAGCUCCUGAAAGAAACGAUCAGCAAGCCUCUGAAACAAAAGAUUCUAGAGAAGAUUUCCAGCAAGGUUCUGAAGAAAACGAACCGGCUCCUAGAGAUAAUGAUGACCGAGAACCAGCACUUGACUUGGACGUCUCCGGAGACAUAUUGAGUACCACAGUCUCGCCUAAGAAGACCCCCAAAACGAUAAUAGUCUCCAAAGUUGAUAUUAUCAAACCUGGAGGAGUUUUGGGUGGCUUGUACAGUGAUUCAGAAGAUGAAAGCUUCGUCAAGAAAGACGGUGAUCUGUUUGGUGUCUCCGAAGCUAACAAGUCUAAAGAAUCUGAUGAUACCGAACAAACAGACGAUAAAGAUGACAACAAAAUGACAGAAGAUAUUGUGAGUGAAGAGGAAAGAAGCUAUACUCCAUGUUUGGAUGAAAAGAAACGUGGCAUUGAAGGUUUAGAUACAGAAAUGAUCUCGGAUGAAGAUAGAAAUGAUUUUGAUGAGUCUCAUGAAAAAACUGAAAAUGAUGGUGAAACUUUGGAAUUAAAUGCUAAAGAGUGCGAGUUGGAACUAAGACCUGAAGAUUAUGAGGAAGGAGAGAUUGUAGAUAAAGGAAAAGAGGCAAAAGUCGAUGCAGUAGCGAAAUCAGAUACUGAGGAGAGCGUUAAAAAAGAGAAAAAGAAGGAUGAUAAAGAAAAGAAAUCCAAGAAGAAAGAGAAGAAUAAGGAGGCGAAUAAAGAAAAUGAGAAGACGGAGAAAGGGUCGUUCAAGAAACUGAGUAAGAGUAGCAAAGGGAGAAAUUAUCGAGGUGACAAGGACAAAGAUAAGGGAAACGAUGAAAGUAAGUCUAAAGAAAAGGAGAGUAAGGAGAGAGAUAAAGCGAAAGAUCAACCGAAAAAGAAGAAAGAAAAACGCAAGGAGAUAGAAAGAUACAACGUUCGAGCUUUAGUCGCAGAAAAACCGGCUAUCAAAAGGGACGAGUUCGGACGAGACAUCCGACAAACUCCUUCGCGUUCCAGAAGCGGAUCUUAUACACCGCCUCCGCCGAGAAGGUCAAUCUCGAGACAUCGCAGUCCCGCGCGCCACUUGAGAACACCGUCGCCGAGGAGGUCGAUAUCUCCGCGCAGAAGGUCGCUAUCCCCGAGAAGGAGGUCGUUGUCUCGCAGAAGGUCAUUGUCGCCUAGAAGGAGGUCGAUGACUCCGCGCAGGAGGUCCGCAUCGCCAAGAAGGAGAUCGCUACCUCCGCGCAGGAGGAGGUCGAGGUCGGCGUCGAGAGAUAGAUCGAGGAAGAGACGGAAGAGGUCAAGAUCGGCGUCUCGGCCGAAGAAGAGGACCGCGUCGAAAAAUAAGAAGAGGAAGAGGUCGAUCAGCAGGCAUAAGAGGAAUAAGUCGAAGAAUAGGAAGAAGAGGAAGAAUAGAGGUAGAAGUAGAAGUCCGAGCCGAUCCCUCUCCGAAUCCCCGCGAAGGAUGAGAAUGGACUGGACGCGACCCGAUUGGUCCCCCGAGUAUUCCAUGAGCCCGCUGCCCCCUAUGUCCCCAUCGUGGACGCCCCCCAGGGACCACUUGCAGUUGAUGCGCGGUCAGAAUCUCGCCGUUACGGUGAAUAACCCGAAAAAGAAGAAAGAUAAAAGGAAGAAGGAGAAGAGAGGCAAAGAUUCGACUAAGAGGAGGAGGAGGUUCGAGAGGGAGAAGACACCGCCGCCGUCUAAGGAGGUCUUCGCGUCUGGAGAUAAUAUUCUGGUGAGCGUCAGUUUCAACAAUGAGAAUGAAACCCGGGACGUGACGACGCGCGACAACCACCACGAAAACAGCGGCGCUGCGGACAGCAACAAAAAGAAGAAGAAGAAACGCAACAAGCAGCAACGUAGGGACUUGUCGGGCGUGAAACCGGUCGCUAUCAUCGACCUCGAAAGGUCGCCGUUCAGGGAGCUCACUCCUUCGCCCAGGAACGUAAUCGUUCUGACGGAUAGCGAUAGCGAAGAGGCGAGGGCGCAAAACGGCGGUGGAGUUUGCGAGAAGGGCGUGUGCGAUUCGUCUUCACAGCAGGUCGCUAGUCCAGAAAGGCCCGUAGCGUACGCCACCGGUCCGAAAACACCUCCCGAACCGUCAGUGAAAUUCAGCCUGAGCGCCAAACAACCCUCGUUACGUCAAAUCAGCAACCCGCUGCGCGAAGCUGACGACAUGGAGAACAACGACGACGAGGACAUCCACGCCGAGCUAGAGACUCGAUUAACCGACGGGAUAGGCCACAAAGGGCCGAACACCCCGCCCGAGCCGCCGAAUUCGCCCCCGUCGUCGCCUGACGCGUACGACCCCUUCGAGCCGACAAAGUCCAGGUCGGCCACUCCGGAGCCCAGUCAGAAUCAAGCUGGAGCUGGGAACGUCGAAGAGAGUAUCGAGAAUAACAUCGAGAGGUUAAUGGACAUGGACAUCACCGUGAAUUCCAACCCUCCGCAAGAGGCAAUUACAACCUCCCUAACACCCCCAUUGCUCGACGUCCAACCGGCCGAUUCUCAAAGCAGCGUCCAAGCCACACCCGAAUCUUCAACAGCCGGUGGUGCCGGCGGAAAAUCCCCUGAACAACGUCCGCCUGCCUCCAGCGCCGAAGGUGUCCAAGUGACCGCCCCCAGCGUGACCGCAACUGCGACCGCCCCCAAACCGAUGGCGCAAACGACGCCGUUCUCGGCGGUGCUACCCACUGCAACUGCCGCCCCCGCAGCGGUGGCGCCAUCUAGGAUACAGAUCUUAAAUUCGACUGUCAUACCAGCGCCGACGGUCGUCUCCUCGAUACCGCAAAGGAUCGUUCUGCCGAACCAAAUAAAGUCGGGUCCGGUGAAGAUCAACCCGACCAAGCCGACAGUGAAAUCAACGCCAAUCAAACCGAUGCCCAACAAGACCACAAAGAUAGUGACCAAGAAGAAACCAGCGGCGCAAUUGCAGAGCAGUUUGGAAGACAUUACGUUGGACUUCGAUUCGCCUUACUCUCCAGGGUCGAGCGAUUACGAUGACCUGUUUGAACCGCCCAGUGAAAUCGUUACCAAACCGGUCAUCAAGGGUAAGACGGUCACCAGUAAAUCGCCCCAAAAACACGUGUCGGUAUUCGACGCUCUGUUCGGCAGUUCUCCGACAUACAAACCCUCGAAUACCAAGCCGAUGAAGACCAGGUACAAGAAGAACAGCAGUGGAACUACUACGAAGACAAAAACAGUCGGCGUAAAACUGGAUGAAGAUUGCUUGAAGAUUCUCGAUGAGCUGCCCAAUUCUGCUGUUGAGAUGCAAGUUAAGGAUAAGUUUUUGAAGAAACUUAAUCGUCAAGAGAGAGUGGUAGAAGAAGUGAAGUUUGUGCUGAAACCUCAUUACAACAAGAAGCGGAUUACCAAGGAAGAAUACAAGGAUAUACUUAGGAGGGCUGUGCCUAAGAUCUGUCACAAUAAAUCGGGCGAAAUCAAUCCUACGAAAAUCAAAAACCUGAUCGAAGCGUACGUCCGGAAGGUGAGGCACAGCAAAAAAGUGACGUCAUCUUCCAAUGCUGUUCCGCAAAAAGUGUAAUCUGAUUGUUCGCUAAUUUAAGAAGCUAUUUGAAUCAUGUUUGACAUUGUAAAUAUUAUUUAAAACGUAGUUAUUGAUUGUGAAGCCCGAUUCUACUUUGUAGACAUGUAUUAUUUAUGUCACUUAUGUGAUUUGAUCAUUAUUAAGUCGAUAUAGGUUUUAAGUGUAAGAUUUUUAGUGAAUAUACAGACGUAUGUUAUAUAUUUAAUUUUUUUAUUAAUUUUAUUGGAUAUCUGCUUCUUUUGUAAAGGUUACAAAAUAAAAUAGGUGAAGUCUCGGAUGUUUA